GCGCGGCUCUCCCUGCCUCGAAGACAAGGCUCUGAAACAAAGAGAUUUGUUUUGGUGUUUGUUCUCGUAGUAGUCUCGCCGCUGUUUGCGUUAUGUCAUGAUUGUACAGCUCUUGGAUUAGCUCAUGGAACUUUCUGGGAGGGUCCCACUCAGACUGCAGUGUGUACACCUGCGGUCCACCCCGGCCGCCCCGCCCGCCCCAGCCUGCUGGUGCUGCGGGCGGCCGAGUGAGGGGCCCUGCGCUCCUGGCAUGGGCAGCGUGGGAAGUGGAGCCUCCAGCCAGCGGGCCAUCACCAUGCGCAGCGUGGGCACACGCACCACCCCCAACGGCCCCCUGGCAGCCCGCCGCCGCCUGGAUGACCGCAGCUUCAGCGCCGACCGCCUGCCGCCGCCCGCCACCAAAACGGCCGGCGUGUCGGUGCCGGACGAGCCCAGCGGCUACAGCGGCCAGAGGGAGUGCCACGGCAAUAGCCGCGACCCUUCCCACAACGCCUCUUCCUCCAACCGGCAGCACACCCUCAACGGGGAGCGACUGCCGUCCAGCUCCUCGUUCUCCAAUGGUGGGGCGAGGAGAGAAGGCCACAGGCGGGGGGAGAGCAUGGACCUGUGCGGAAACAGCAUAGUCCUCACAAACGACAAGAACGGCAGCCACCAAGCGCCGCCGCAGCACAAGGACAAGAGCAAAGCCAAGACAGACAACCAAAACCCCCCCAACAUCCUACCCGUCUCCGGCAAGCUGGAGCAAGCACAGGACCCUGACACGCUGGUCCGUCCCUCUGCCUUCAAGCCAGUGGUCCCCAAGAGUUUCCACUCCAUGCAGAACCUUGUGUGCCCCCUCCAGGCCAGUGCAGGUGCUGGAGGGGGUCCGGGCAGCAGUGGCAGUGGAGGCAGCGGAGGCGAGAGAACAGGGCAGGCUGCCUCCGCGGCCCGCCGCGAACAGGACAGUCCAAACAGCCGGGGGGGACCUCACUCUGGGGGUGGUCGGGCCGGUCAGGGCAGCAUGUCGGACUCUGGGAGGAACUCGCUGACCAGUCUGCCCACCUACGCAGGCUCAGGCUACGGUCCCCCACCGGCCCUGGGGCCCCUCAGUGCCUCUACCAGUCACAUCAACCGGCUGGGCACGGCUGGCCUGGACAAGCCGGACAGACCUGGCUACCAGAACGGCCUCAGCGCCUCAGACAGCGGCCACUCCUCUUCAGGCAAGAGCUCCUCGUCCUAUCAACGGCUCAGCCACCUGAGCGAUGCCCCCGCGCCUCUCCGGCCCUCGCCUUCCUCGGACGACGUCAUCCGUGACCUGGAGGAUCGCCUGUGGGAGAGAGAGCAAGAGGUGCUCCACAUGCGGCGGAACUUGGACCAGAGCGAGGCGGCCAUCGCGCAGGUCUUUGAGGAGAAACAGCGGGUUUGGGAGCGUGAGAUGGAGGAACUGAGGCAGAACUACGCGGGGCGGCUGCAGCAGGUGACCCGCCGCGCACAGCGCUCGCAGCAGGCCCUUCAGGCCCAGAUCACCCGCCUGCAGCAGGACAAGCGCCGGCUCCAGGACGAGAUGACCCUGCUGCUGGCCCAGCGUGAGGAGCUGGAGAAGAAGUGCCUGGACUACAGGAAGGAGCAGGCUGACCUGCUGCCCAAACUGGAGGAGACCAAGUGGGAGGUGUGUCAGAAGGCAGGUGAGAUCUCCCUGCUGAAGCAGCAGCUCCGGGACAGCCAGGGCGAGGUGACCCAGCGGGCGGGUGAGAUGGUGGCCCUGCGCAAUCAGCUGAAGGAGCUGAAUGCCCAGCUGAGGGAGAGGGAGGAGGCCGAGAUCAGCCUGAAAGAGUCCUUCUGCACCAAGACUCUGGAGCUGGAGCGCUGUGAGGCCGAGCUGCAGGCCAUGCUGGCAGAGGUGUCCGUGCUGAGAGACAAGCUGUGUGCAUUCGAGACGGAGGUGGCUGGGCUGAAGAAAGCCCUGAGUGAGCUUAGCACCACCGCUAGUGCUCGCGCACCUGAAUCCAGCUUGGCUGACAUGGGUCAGCUGGUGCUGUCCCGGAGCCGGGAGCGCCUCCUUUCCCCUCUGAGCCCCCCGGAGACCCCCACCUCUUCUAUGCCAGCCUCCCUCCCUCCCCUCCCGGCCCUUCCAGCCCUCCCGGCCCUGCCCCCUCUCCCCGCUCCCGCCCAGCUGCCGGCACCGGACCCGCUGCUCAGCCUGCAGAGCGACGACUCGAAGGCGCAGCGGCAGGAGGCGGGCGACCUGCGGCGGCAGCUGGAGCUUCUGCAGGGCGAGCUGCGUCUGGAGCGGCAGCAGCGCGAGCGGCAGGCCCUCAGCUUCGCCCAGGAGCGCCAGACGUGGCAGGGCGAGAAGGAGCGCGUGCUCAAGUACCAGGCGCAGCUGCAGCUCAGCUAUGUGGAGAUGCUGCAGAAGAACCAGGCGCUGGAGGAGCGCGUGGACCAGCUCGGGGCACAGCUGUCCACUCCUGUCCUGGCUCUGCCCGCCUCUCCGGCCUCGCCGCCGCCGCCAGCGGCCAGCCCGGACGUCCAGACGCCGGCGCCCGUGGCCAUAUCGCUCACUUCCCCGACUCCGCCAGCAGAGGAGAAGAAGCUGCACCAGCUGGCGCCUCCUUGGCCCGUCCCGACUCGCCUGGAGAGGAUCGAGUCGACGGAGAUCUGAUCUGACGGCGGCGAAUGUGACCUCUUUGAUGCAGUAAAAUAAACAGCUUAGAGCACCGAUUACAAUAGCGAUUACAAUUACAGUUGUACAAAAGUACAAAUGAGUACAAAAACCCCUGAAACAAAAAAUGAAAAAGGUCAUGCCUACAGCUUCUGAGGACAGUCCAAGGAUGCCCUGCUGAGUGAGGCAGAGGUCAGGGUUGAGGGGUAAAUAUGUUUGCGUGGCCUUAUUGACUUGACCUAUAGGGAAAACAGCUCUGUGGCUUAGUUGGAUUCGGUCUGGUUUGGUUGUAGAAAGAGCUGGCCCUGAGUCUGUAGCCAAGGGGAAGACAGAAGUACCUGGAUUUAACACUCAGGGGACAAGGGAUCAGGCAUUAAUAAUCCAGACUUAAGGCUAGACUGUUGGAGCUUUUUAGCCACGGUGCCCUCUUAGCUGGAGAGCGGCUACCUGACACCAUUCGCGAUGACAAAUUCACAUAUCGACUUGGUUAAAUCUCUAUAGAAAUCUAUAAUCAGUCUCAACCAAUGGCAGAUCUUAUUAAAUAAAACACUGUGGGUAUUAGAUAAACAACAUCUCUCUUAAAUACUGCUCCUCAGACAAACCCCAAGCCCGCAACGACGAUGUAAACAAGAUAGAAUCCGAAAUAACUGAAAAGACUCUUAUUUUGUUGUUUGUUUACUCCAGUGAGAAGCUAUGGGAAGACCUGAUGUCUUCCCGUUUAUGGUGCUUGUCCAUACCACACAAGUGUGGUGAACAGAAGGACCAAAUAUUUCUGAGCUGGUGCCGGUCUCGAGUUCCCUUAGUAGUGGAUGUAGUCGCAGUAAUUAUUACCAGCGGACUCCAAGGCCUGGUGUGCGUUUUUGCAUAAGAGCGUGCCUCAACCCUCCUGCUCUGUUAGCGAAAGCAGUGGCGGAGGACUUAUCACAUGGUCAUUUGACUCAGAGCGUAUUUACCAGAACA